CGCACUUUAAGAAAUCGUCCACACCACACACCCCCCCUUCCUAUGGGACCAGCUCUCCCACCCACCACCCCGUCGCCCAUGCAUGCAUACAUAGAUAGAUACAUCCGUACCUACCCUGCCGUCGACUCGCCCUACUGCAAUACUUCACUUCGACUCACCACACACACCCCUUUACAUUCAACUGGAACAGGGCACAAGAUAUUGUCUCCCUGCACUUUCGACUUUGCAAACGAACGCUGGACGAUAAACCGUACCUUGGACUUGAACAACCCGCAUACAACUACCGGUUCUUAGUUGUUACCCAGACACAAUCCCACACCUGGAGAAAAAAACGCCACGGCUGCCAGUCCGCGACCCACGAUCCCAUCUGGCUCGCCCUCUCACACACCCACGCGCCCGCCACAAACCUCGUCAAACUUCCUUGUUGGGCCCUGAUCAGAAAGGGCACCUCCCGGGCCACCCUACCGCGCUUUCCUCUGGGUGCGGCUUGUGUUUGUCUGCAGCCUCCUUCAACAGCCGAGCGAUCGAUCCCCUGGGACGGACCUGACUGAACGUUGUGCCGCCUGCGCGCCUACUGAGAUUGCGCUAUUAGGCUUUGCGGGGGAAGCACGACAGGGCAAGGAGGACUGCACGCGCCCAAUAGGACCUAGGGCGACCAGAGCCUCGGGAUCCAGAGACACUGUCGACGAGGCGAAAGGCUCGGCUCGCGCGCAUCGCAGUCAAAGGGAGGCGCGCCAAGGAGUUGUACCCGUGGGCUGGCUGCUUGCUUUGCGCCCACUCAGUCGACGACUCCCGCAGAGAUCGCCAUACCAGUCAGUCACGGACCAGGCAAGUCUGCAGCUGCCCUUGCGGACCGCCUGUGGGACUCGCGCAUAUACCCCAGCCCGCGCCUGGGAACCGCAUCUGUCCACUUGCAUACGGGCUGCCACAUCAUCACUCUGCCGUGAGCCAGGUAUCGCGACAUACGGCCCCAAAAGCUGCGCUGCACAUACAUAACCCCGAGCUACCGCCCACACCCUCUUCCCAGGGAAUUGGCACUCCCGCGCGACCUUGCGCUUGUGCCUCGUACGGUAGCUGUACACAACAUAUACCUCGUCUGACCUGCCUCCGUUGGACCCAGGCCUCGAGCGCCGCUGUCUGUCUGUUGCCGUACGUGCGUUGCCCGCUGACGACGAGGUCACUCGACUCGCCCACUGUGCAGCUUCGACCCCAGGAAGGCCCCGACUUCAUUUUUUGGUCCUCGCUCACGAUCCUUCCUGCGGGAGAUCAGUCUCAUCUCAUUCCCCGCACUCAUUCCCCCGGCCUCACUGGCCUGCCGAGGCGGUCCCCAUUAAGAUGCGGCUCUUGACUAUCUCCUCGUUGAUAUAAAUGUCCAUUUCCUCCUCAUAGGUCGGAGGUCUUUCCGUCCGCACACCCGGACCACCUUUCAUGGAGAAAGCCUACCGGCCGGUACCGUACUUCGCUUCAAGCAACAUGCCGUCCAUCACCACCUCUACACAAGGAACUCCUUCCUCUCCCUCACUGCUUCACAACACCUCACAGCCCUCCCACGCCUCCCAGACCUCGCAGCUGCGGCGCCCUCGCCCGAGUGAGGUCCAGACCAACAACCUCAUUGCACACCCACAAAUGACGGCCGCCCCGCCCUCUGCCAUUACCAGCUCCUCCAUGGCGUCCAGUCCGCGACAAUUCUCGCCCGUCAUGUCUCCAGACCCGGAGGUCCUCACGACCAACAGCUCCAUACAGCCGUCCCCGGAGCCCAUCCGCGGCAGGGACUCGGAAUCGUCUCUUCUGCCCAUGAUGGAACCCCUCCCAGAUUCCAUAAUCUCCCGUAAGACGAGCACAAACUCAUUGCCACAGAGCGUCACAAGCGAGCGAUCGGCCCAGAAUGAAUCAGCGCCACCCAAGGCCGGCAUCUUCAGACGGCUAUCGAGCAGGGUGAAGACGGGAAGCGAUCGGCUUAGGGGAAGCCGGCGCACAUCCUCCACUCAUCCAGUCAGCCGCGAUACCAGCGUAGGACCCGCGGUGAUGAGGCGCGGAAGGAGCGAUAGCGGGGCUGCCGCUCCUCCUGAGUAUGCUAUCGCGGUUGGUUCUGACAGCGAUGACGAGGUCGGUGCGGUUAGGGAACAGCAGGUCUCCCAUCCAGUACCCAUCGCCGAAGGUGAGGCUUUGCGUGACUUUUCACCAACCAAUGCGUCAUCGCCAUCCGUUACCACAUACACAAUGGUCUCCGACACCCACACGGGCCCUGUCAUUCCACAGUCUCUGCUCUUGGGCACCAUGGUCUCAAAGCUGUCCAAGAGGAGAAAGCGCCUUAACCUAGUCCUGGACUCUGAGGCCGGCAAAAUUUACUGGGACAAGAACAGGCCAUCCAAGUGCGUCUACAUUGACGACAUCAAAGAGAUCCGCACCGCCCCGGAAGCCCGUCAGUACCGACUGGACUGUGGUGCGUCAGAGGCCGAGGAACCGCGAUUCUUCUCAAUCCUUUACGCAGUGCCCGACAAGAAACAGAAGACCAUGCACCUUGUCACCGACGACAAUGAAACAUUCAGCCUCUGGACCACGACACUUGAUGCGCUUUCGAAGCACCGCCAGGCUCUCAUGACAUCCUUGAUGUCCUUCAACGACCGGGCUAUCAGGAUCUACUGGCGUAAAGAAAUGGCCAGGCUUUAUCCCGAUAACCCUACCGUUGAGGAGGAAAUCCAUUUCGCAGGCGUGGAGCGCGUCUGCCGCAAUCUGCACAUCCACGUGUCACAAGAAACCCUCAAAGCCAAGUUUGACCUGGCCGACAAGACUCGGAGUGGAACCUUGAACUUUGACGAAUUCCAGGACUUCGUGCGCCUAACUGCGAGAAGAGAUGAUGUUCGAGCCGUGUACCGGGAGAUCGCCUCUGACCCUGAGAGCGGACUGACUUUCGAGGAUUUCCUCAGGUUCCUGAAGGACGUUCAGAACGAGGACGUCGACGAUGUGGCCGCCUGGGAGACCGUUUUCCAUCAAUUUGGACGUGGAAAGGCAUCCGAGACCAGCUCUAUCAGCGGCACUUUCGAGAAGCCACGCAUGUCUGAGACUGCGUUGACAAAGUAUCUCACGUCAAUUCACAACACUCACAUCGAGGCCGCCCCAAAGGAAUCUGUGCUCGACCGACCAUGCAACGAAUACUUCAUUUCCAGUUCGCACAACACAUACCUGACUGGCCGUCAAAUCGGGGACGUCUCCAGCAUCGAGGGCUACAUUUCCGCCCUGAUGCGGGGUUGCCGCUGUGUUGAGAUCGACUGCUGGGACGGCCCAGAUAAUCAGCCCAUUGUCACUCACGGCAAGACCCUGACUAGUCAAAUCCAGUUCCGCGAGGCCGUCAUUGCCAUCAACAAGUACGCCUUCGUCAAAUCGCCUUACCCACUGUGGAUCUCCCUCGAGGUUCACUGUAAUGCGACGCAACAGGAGAUCAUGGCCAACAUCAUGAGGGACGUGUUCGGAGACAAACUGGUGACGGAAAAGAUUGAGGGCUGUGAUGACCAGCUCCCCACGCCUGAGCAGCUGCGAGGCCGCAUCCUGAUCAAGUGCAAGACGCCAAACCUCAAUGAGACGAGGAGCCCCGAGAGCAAUGGAUCAGGCAGGCGACGCGGAAACAGUCUGACGUCGCCUUUCACUCGGCCUACAGUAGUUGGGGAAUCGUCUAUCCCAAACAGCCCUCUGCUGAGUCCCAACUACCCUGGGGCCCGACGAGGCAGCAACCGCCGCGUGAACACGAUCGCUGAAGGGGAGACAUCCGACGUCCCGGAGCUGUUCAGCAGCAGCUCCAGCGACGACAGUGGCGCAGAAAAGCCCCCACGCUCCAAGCAGAGCAAGAUCACCAAAGCCCUUGGCGAUCUUGGUGUGUACUGCCUGGGCAUCAAGUUCCGAGGGUUCGAUGACGCCGAGUGCAAGACUUUCAACCACAUUCUGUCCUUCAAAGAGCGGACCUUCCUCAACAACAGCUCUGACAAGUCGAGCAAGGGCGCCUUGUUCCGCCACAACAUGCGAUACCUGAUGCGUGUGUACCCAGCACAACACCGUUUCACUUCCACUAACUUUGACCCGCUCAUUUACUGGAGACGUGGUGUCCAGAUGGCUGCACUGAACUGGCAGACUUUCGACCUCGGCAUGCAGUUCAACCAAGCCAUGUUCGCCGGGGGCACUGACGCCACUGGGUACGUGCUGAAGCCGCGGGCCUUCAGGGAGCUCCAGAUGGACCCGAAGUCAGGCAGGGUCUUCCACGGAGUUCCAGACCUGCCGGAGGAGCUGAGCAACAAACGGGAGCGGAAGAACGUUAGCUUCACCAUCGACGUCAUCUCAGCACAACAGCUCAUGCGUCCCUCCAACCUGGGAGAACGGCGGACCGUGGAUCCCUACAUCGAAGUCGAGGCGUUCCUCGCCGACGACAAGAGGGACAAACAAGAAUCGAACGCGACACCGAUCCGCAGGCCACUCAGAUAUCGCACCAAGAUCAUCAAGGAGAACGGCUUCAAUCCCGUGUUCGACAACAAGUUCGUUUUCGAAGCCCGCACCAAGUACCCGGAACUCAUCUUUGUCAGAUGGUCCGUGAAGCUUUCGGAAGGAGGCAACUACAACGAUCGCGCCCCGGCAGUCGCCACCUUCACGGCGAAGCUGACCAGUCUCAAACAAGGCUACCGCACCCUGCCUUUGUUUGACCACCACGGAGACCAGUAUCUCUUCUCGACUUUAUUCUGCCGCACCAAGGUGGAGCCCAUCACCAGCGUCUAUGUUGACUACGACACGGAAGUCGAAAACUCGAACAAGUUGAAGAGCCUCGGCAGAACAGUUUUCAAUCGGUCAUCGAACCAACAGAGCCCCAAGUCCAGCUUCGACAAGGAACAGGGCAUCUCGGCAUAAAGACACGACGGAGCCUUCCUCUCUCGAAUCUGUACAAAUAUCACUUUUCUUCUUGUUCGCUUCUCUGAGCGGCAGGGACCACAUGUCCGUACUGUCGUCUCGUGUGUUUUACUCUUGGACCCAUUGAGCUUGACGCCUUGGAUCUAUACUUGACCAUUUGCCUCGAUGGCACCAAUACAUCGCAAGAACAACAAUCACUGCCCUUGACGGCGUGAUCACGGGCUCUCGUCGUACAGCAGCUCAUCUUUAUGCAGCAGAUACCCAAUCAGCAUUCCAUCAGGCUUUCGGGGCGGGACUUGCAUUCAAACAGAAAUUUUCCUUUGUCAGGAUCCAUCAUCGGAGCGGAGUUUCAUGGGACGGGAAAACAAAAAUCAAUGAGAUAUCUCUGUUUGGAUGGAUAUCAAUCAUACCUCGCAUUCGUUGGCGUUUCUAUCUUGGUUUUUGUGCGGACGGGACAAGUAGGGUUUUGGGGCCUAGGCUCCCCAAACAAACACACACACCUCCAUCCUCUUGCUCAAGGCAGGGUGCCUGGGAUAAUGAACGGGAUGAUAUAGAGAUAGGGACACCCAAGAUACCGAAAAAAGAAAAAAGCUUUUUUGUUGUUUCCUGUACCUGUUUUCUGGAUAUCUUCCAUCAACUCAUGUACUUACUACUAGUGGUUGUUCGGUUCGUUCCGCGUCAUUUCGACAUUCUUGCUCUUUCAGGGUCGAUACAGGUGUGCCCUAGGGAAAUGGUCUCUGGCAGUGCCAAGGGUUUUUAUCCAGAGAAACAGGCUCUCUCUCUCUCCUGUAUGGCAGGCAAGGGAGAUCUCAGCAGCGGUGGUGCAGAUUCAAGGACGACAAAGAAAGGAAGACGGGGGGCAUCGCCGCCCUCGUUUUCUUGGGCAUAACUCAGCCACCGCCCAUCUUGUUUCCCCUCAUCCUUCCCACCAGGAGCACAUCACACACAGCAUAGCACACACACACUCGCUCGGCCUACACCGUGUGUGCAUGCAUGCUGUCUUCUAUUCUCUCAUGUCCAAAAAUUUUCAAACAUUUUCUUGUUCUUUUGCCCCCACGCGGCUAGGGACCAAGGGGGGAACAAACCAUUUGUUCGGGAACAACAGGCAAACCCACCCACGCAAGGAAAAGGCCGGGAACAACAGCACCGAGCCAGGCAGGGUUGGGGAGUUGAGUGUGAUUGAUUGAUUGAUUGAUUGAUAUGAG